UCUGGGGGUAGGAUAGUGCUAGUUUCCUGUUUUCAUCAUGACGUUUAGUAGCGAUGCCACGAAAUGUCAUAUGGCUAAAGUUUAGUAGCUAGAUAUCAUCAUGUCGAAGACAGGAACACUACAAGAGCGACCCAAACCUCCUUCAUUUGAACAUAUGAAACAGGAUGUUGAAAAUGCUUCAGAAAACGAUGUCGUUUUUCUGGCUGGGACUAAUGCCUUGAGUAAGAGUAAUAUUGCAAUGAUAGAAUCUUUUAUGGAGUUAACGCCCUUGGACCAAAAAUCAUCCAGUGACAAAUUGCCUGGAGGUUCAGAUGAGACAGGUAUAACAGAGGAAGUGGAGAAAGCUUAUCAUGAUACAUUGGAACUUCUUAGACUCAACAAGAUCUUGGCUUGUGCUCCACAAGAGUUGGAGGAAAAGUACAACAGCUUACAGCAGCUUGGAGAAGAUAUCACAAAGUCUAUAACUAAACUGCAGAAAUCUGCAGAGGCCAUCAAACCAUGAUACCAUAUCCGAAUCCAUAGGAUCCUAACUAAACUUUUAACAACAGGAAUCUAUAGAGGAGACAGGGAAACUGAUUAAGUUAUACUACAGGAAUGGACAGAAACUACUAAAUAUUUACACUAUAUAUUGUCACACCAUAGUUGUAUAGUAUGUGAGUUUACAACAUUUUGCAGAGUGAAAAUGAUGUGGUCAUAUAGACUAUAUGAUAUUUAAGACUUGUUUUGUGGUGUUACAAAAUUAAACACAAUGAUUUCACAUUAAAAUAUUUAUUAAUGCUGAAUUCAAAAUAAGAACAAUCAUUUAUGAAGCAUACUCACAUAUAGCAUACACAUACUUAAAUAUAUCAGGAUUAUUUUGUUGUCUGAUACUAUUGGUAUCAGUUGGUCAUGUAGUGUUGUAUAUAAAGAGGCAUCUUACAAGAGUUACUAUAUCAUAUGGAAUUUAUAAAACAAGUUUAAUAAUAUGAUAAUUAUGUCUUGAGCCUUACAUUGACUGGCAUAACAAAGUCUUUAACUGUAGAGUUAAAUAAAUUCCAUAUGACAUUGCCUCAAGUUUAAGAUUCUUUUUAUCACAGAACUGAUACUUAUGAGGAUAUAAGUGAAAACUCUAAAAUUAAUUCCUAUAUAGGUCAGGCGAAAGUUUAUCCUGACAGUAUGUGUGUCUGUACAGAAACAAUUGUGCGACAUCCUGUAUUUUUUGUGGCAUGAUCAAGUAUUUGUGACUUCAGACUCGCAAGAGUGUUAUUAUACAAGUGUCUUUCAAUAUUUAUGACAUUACUUUAUCACAUGGUAGAAUGAGCCAGUUAUGUGAUAAAUCUAUUAUAAACACCAAUACUUUCAUCUUCAGCAGAAGACAUACAUUUUGCUUGUUUAAUUUUCAACCUAAACAAAUUGACAAGUGAUGUUUAUGAACAGGAAUAGCAAAUGUUAUUGGUAGAAAUUAGGAAAGAAGACUGUAAAAUAAUAAAGUGAUUAAUCAAUAGCAGUGAAUUUUGACCCUAGAAUAUUCAAAACAAGAGUCCCAAAGGGCCAGCAUCUUUCACCAGGUAUUCACUAGUGUUUGAUGAGUCUUUGCCUUUCAUUCAUCAAAAGACUUUAUUCUUUUUUUAAUGCAAAUUUUGUUAGCUCCAUCCUUGAAAUCCUACCAGUCAGAUAUCUUGACAGGAAGGUUUUCAUUUUGUGAGAAGUUGUCGAAUGUUUUAAUAAAAUUUGAUGCGUGUGCCCUAAAAUAAGGGUUGA